CAGCAGGGGGCGCAAACGCACAGCGGCCGUCCAAUAAGCUCCGCCAGAAACCAAAAUUUCCCAGGAUCCCCCGCGUCGCAGAAUACUGUCCAGUCAUUGUGAUCCAGUGAAAGUCCGGUUCGGUUUGCAGACCCUUCCAGAACCUGACAGUUUGUUCUCCAGCACCAUGAAGGAAACGUCGGCAAAGCGGCGCGACAAGGCGGGAAGCCGGGACAAGGCCGACAAGUCCCGGGAGGCGAAGGGGCCGAAGGACGCGGCUCCGCAGGACGUGGAGAUGCCCGAGGAGGAGGCGAAGCAGCCCCGGGAGCUGGACAGCCUGACCCUGGAGGAUAUCAAGGAGCACGUGAAGCAGAUCGAAAAGGCCGUGUCCGGGAAGGAGCCCCGCUUCGUGCUGCGCGCUCUGAGGGCGCUGCCGUCCACCAGCCGCCGCCUCAACGCCAACGUGCUUCACAAGAGCGUGUGUGGCUUCUUCACCAGCAGCGCCGCCACCAGAGACUUCCUGCUGGGCUUCCUCGAGGAGCCCAUGGAGGUGGCAGACGGAGACAUCCAGUUCCGGCCCCGGACCGGGAAGGCGGCGGCUUCUCCUCUGCUGCCUGAGGUGGAGGCGUACCUGCAGCUGCUGCUGGUGGUGCACCUGACCAACAACAAGAGAUACGCCGAGGCUCAGAGGGCGUCCGACAACCUCAUGCAGAAGAUCAGCUCAAAGAAAAGCCGGGCUUUGGACCUGAUUGCUGCCAAGUGCUACUACCACCACGCCAGAGUCUACGAGUUCCUGCAGCAGCUGCACACCAUACGCAGCUUCCUGCACGGCCGGCUGCGCACGGCGACGCUGCGGCAUGACGCAGACGGCCAGGCGGUGCUACUGAACCUGCUGUUGAGGAACUACCUCCACUUCAGCCUGUACGACCAGGCGGAGAAGCUCGUGUCCAAGUCCGUCUUCCCGGAGCUCGCCAAUAACAACGAGUGGGCCCGCUACCUCUACUACACAGGGAGGAUCAAAGCCAUCCAGCUGGAGUACUCGGAGGCUCGCCGCACGCUGACCAACGCCCUGAGGAAGGCGCCCCAACACACUGCCGUGGGCUUCAAGCAGACGGUCCAUAAGCUGUUGAUCGUGGUGGAGCUGCUCCUGGGGGAGAUCCCGGACCGGCUGCAGUUCAGACAGCCGUCACUCAAGCGCUCGCUCAUGCCCUACUUCCUGCUCACGCAAGCCGUGCGGACGGGAAACUUGUCCAAGUUCAACCAGGUGUUGGAGCAGUUUGGGGAGAAGUUCCAGACGGACGGGACCUACACGCUCAUCAUCCGCCUGCGACACAACGUCAUCAAGACAGGCGUGCGCAUGAUCAGCCUGUCGUACUCCCGCAUCUCUCUGGCCGACAUCGCUCAGAAGCUGCAGCUGGACAGUCCGGAGGACGCAGAGUUCAUCGUCGCAAAGGCCAUCCGUGACGGCGUGAUCGAGGCCAGCAUCAACCACGAGAAGGGCUUCGUCCAAUCCAAGGAGACCAUGGACAUCUACGGCACCAGAGAGCCGCAGCUGGCCUUCCACCAGAGGAUCUCCUUCUGCCUGGAUAUCCACAACAUGUCUGUGAAGGCCAUGAGGUUUCCUCCCAAAGCCUACAACAAGGACCUGGAGUCAGCAGAG